AUGCCUGACCAAAAGACACUAGAAGAAGUUUUACGUGAGGAAUACGUUCAACUUUCAAGGUUUGACUCAGAUGUUGCUUGGAAGAUUGGCAUUUUGGCAAAGCAAAAGGCGCUCGACAAAAAGCUUGGAAAACCCAUUCUAAUUGACGUUACCACUGCAGACGGAACGACCUACUUUCACAGUCCGUCAAUGCCAAAUACUACUAAAGACAAUGAUAUUUGGGUCGAGAGGAAACGGAAAACUGUAUUUCGGUUUGGUUACUCGAGUUUCUACAUGGGCAAAAAGCUUCAAAUGAAAGGAAGCAAGAGUUUGGAAGAAGCUUUCUACAUCAGUGGUAUUGAGUAUGCUGCUCAUGGAGGUUCCAUACCAAUAAGAAUCAAGAAUUUUGACGGAGUUGUCGCCGCUUUAACUAUAAGUGGGCUCAAGCAAGAGGAGGACCAUGCUUUUGCACUUGAAGUGUUGAAGGAGAUAGCCAAUUCCCUCUAA